UCUAGUUUGACAAGCGGGUUGGUUUAUUUAGCACUUCCGCUAGGAUGGGAGGGCAUGGUUUGGCGCCUUUAGCGACAUUUAUUCCCCUCGUUGUUUUUAUAUUGGGGCAUUAAUCCAUCGGAUGUUUGACGUGCACAUGGACCGCACUUCUUUGCCGAUUCUAAACUCAUUUUCUGAGUGUUUUUUUUUUUUUUAGAUAAAUUAGCAUGUAUGCUAGCUUAAAAAAGUGCGAGCUAGCAACCGACCGUCUUCCAUCCAGGAAUUCCAUCCAUCCAUCCAAUUCCUACCGUUUGUCCCGUUAAGAGUCGCAGGGGGUGCUGGAGUUGAUCUCAGCUGCAUUCGGGUGGAAGGCUGCGUACACUCUGGACAAGUCGCUUGGUUAUUUUCAUCAAAACGUUUUAUCGUGUGCAGCAUGGCUGAAAGAAGCGAGAAAAAAACCCCGAGGAGGAGUUUGUCUUUGUCCAAAAACAAGAAUAAAAGUAGCGUAAACACGACUCCCAUCACGUCUUUCUUUAGCAACCCGCAUCCUCCUAAACUGCCCUGUCCGCUGUGUGGUCAAAUAGUUGCCAGAUUUGCUAUCAAUGAGCACAUCGAUUUGCAGUGCAAGAACUUUGAGAGAGGAGAUAGCAGUCCAACACCAGCAAGUAAUAUCGUGGUGUCACCCACAAGCAAAUCGACUGAGUUGGAGUUGAUUCCAGAUGAGGUAGAGUCCAAAACAAGCCCAUAUUUCAAAGCAAGAAGCUCUUCCAAUGUAUCCGGGGACAAGUGUGACAAGACUGUAGUUGGAAAUUUAGAUCUCGGACGUUUGUCAUCCAAGUUAUCGAGAAAAUGCACAAAGAGAAAUGAAAUAACGCACCCCGAUCAGACCCGAGAGGCUGUGGAUUGUGCAAGCGACUCGCAGAAAGAAAAUUCAGAAAGCACCAUUGACCUGACAACAAGUGUUCAGACAUGCAUGACGACGACAGAAGGUUUCGAGAAAGCAACAAAACUAUCUCCCAUCCAUCUGCAUCCCCCAUCUUCCACACUGCCUAAGAGAAAAUCCCCUGACAGUCAGAAGAUACCUAGUUUGAGAAAGAAACCCAAACAUGAAGCAUCCAGCUGGACUCGAACAUUGUUUGGUAAAAAUGCAGCACAGACAACCGAAGAGCCAUCUGCACCUGAUUGUGACCUCCUUUCCGACUCAGACCAAUCCUCAUCUCACGUUGUUAGUGAUUUACAGGCAAUCUACGGGGCUGAGAAAAACAAUAACAACCAGACGGUUGACACCUCGCCCACACAAAGACUGCCCUACUACCUACGCAACUUCCAAACUGUCCUACAGGCCGUGCUGCAGAACGAAGAUGACAGACACCUGUUCAACCAGGAGGACAUGACACUGGUACAAGCCUUUGAGAAGCUAUCAGUCAUGGGACAGAAGUUGUAUGUGAGAUUGUUUCAACGAAAAUUGAAGUGGCUUCAAGUGGAUAAACUGGAUUAUGAAGAAAUAUGCACUAACUUGGAGCCUGUUGCUCAUGAGCUGGUGCAAUGUGGUCUUCUACAGUCAGAGAAGGACCUUCACGGAGUAGCAGAAGCUCUGGAACUCUUGCCGGCCCCUGAGCUCAAAUCUCUGGCCAAGAUAUUUCAUCUGGGCAAUUCUGGCACUCAAAAACAACAGCUAGUGGAGGGUCUUCUCCGCCUGAGCAAGCAGAAGUCGCUGUUUUCUCUGAGCCAGGCUCAAAACAACAUUGGCGCCAUCAUCUUGAAAAGGGCGAAACAGCUUGCGGGUUCCUGCGUGCGCCUGUGUCGUGGUCCUCGGGCCGUUUUUUCUCGAAUCCUUCUACUCUUCUCUCUGACGGACACUAUGGAUGAGGAGGAGAUGGCAGCAGGUGGACAAAGCCAGCUUUAUACCAUCUUGCUUGUCAAUUCAGGGCGUCUGGCUUUCCCAGAGUACACGGUGCAGCGCACUGCAAAAGUGUUUCAAGACAGAGACGACCUGAUCAGAUAUGAAGCAUCCAUGCGGACCUUACAGGAGGUCAUCCUGGCUAUGCAGUCAGGUCAUUGGGAAGAGGCAUUGGACCUUUAUACUGCUGCCAAGAAUGACUGGCAGCACCUGAAGGAGAGUCUUGAUCUCAGUCACCAGGAGGAGCUACCAGUGUUUCUGCGCAGCUUCACAGCAGGAUGGGCCUACACUCGCAUAUUAUCAAGAGGAGUUGAGAUCUUACAGAGGCUACGCCGUUAUGAGGAGGCAGUCAGUGAGCUGCAGUCGUUACUGCUGCAAGAUGUUUACUGUCCUGACAGUCGAGGGCGCUGGUGGGACAGACUAGCACUGAACCUUCAGCAGCACCUCAAAAAACCCGAACAAGCUAUCUGUGCAAUGAGAGAUGGCUUGUCUGACCCACUCGUGCGAACUGGACAUAAGCUGUCCCUCCACCAGAGAGCUGUAAGGAUGAGAGAAUCACCAAGCUUUAAGAAGUACCGUCUACAGCUUAGAGAUCUCCCUACUCUGAAUGUCCAGGAUGUAAAACAUGUGACCAUUCGAGGUCAGCUGUUUCCCCAUGAAGGGGGCAUGGGCAAAUCUCGCUUUCUGGUACCAUCCAAUGAGGAUGAUUGCUCUGAUGCCACUGUAAUUUGCUCUGUGGAAGACUUGUCUUUAGCGCAUUACCGCCAGCAAGGUUUUGACCAAGGGAUCCACGGAGAGGGUUCGACAUUCUCAACACUGUUUUCCCUCCUGUUGUGGGAUAUAAUUUUUAUGGACGGUAUAGCCGAUGUUUUCAGAAAUCCUUACCAGACAUGUCCACUGGAUCUCUACACUGACUGCUUUUAUGAGAACCGAAAAGAGGCAGUCGAAUCACGUGUGCAGCUACUUAAGGAAGCGUCUGUUGAAACUUUGCAUGCUAUGCUGGAGGAUGUCUGGACCUCCCAGAAGGGUAAAGUGUGUGCAUGUGUCAACUGGGAGCGGUUCACCUCUCUAAGUCAAGCACAGUCUCUUGUGUCAUGUAUGGGCGGAGCCUUCUUAGCAGGAGUGAUAGCACGGAUGGCAAAAGACCUCAGACAUUGUCGUGGAGGUCUGCCUGACCUUGUCGUAUGGAACUCAUCCACUUACAAGCUGGUGGAGGUGAAAGGGCCCAGUGACCGUCUGUCCCAGAAGCAACAGAUCUGGCUGGAUGAGCUGCAAAAACUGGGCGCAGAUGUAGAGGUGUGUCAUGUGGUGGCCACCGGAGCCAGAGGAUCUCGUCUCAAAUGAAUAAAUACAAUUCUGUUUAUCUGGACUGAAUGUUAAGUAUGCCUGCUUCUCUCAGCUGUGGGUGAUACAUUGCAGAGUGAAAUUGGAGUCUAAUCUGUUACCCUGUGCCAUUAUUUAUCUGGGAAAUUACUGCCUCCAACAAAAAGGAGCAUAAUAACUCAGAAGAAGCCAGGAUCGCAAAUAGCUUUCAACAAUAGAUAUCAAGAGCUCACACAAAUACCUUUACUGAUGACAAACAACGGAUGUAAUAACAUUUUAGUAUAUUUAAUACUAAGCUCAAUAAAAUAUAUCAUCACUAUCAUGGAAUGUAUCGGCCCUUGAAUUGUGAAACACAUACAUUACACCGAACAGCCAAUUCAUCGUGGCACUUGCACAAAUUUAAUACAAUCAUUAUGAAAUCAUUUUUUUGUACUGAGAAUGCUGACCUUACAAAACGAAUAAAAAUGAGUUUUGAUUAACCCUGUCAGAGAGGUUUUCAUUUGUUAUUGUAGGAGUGGUGUAAACUGCAAAUAGGAAAUAUUUAUGAAUAUGGAGGAGUGGCUAGCAUGUACAUCGACCCCGAUGUUGGGAGAUUUGGGUUUCCAUCUCUGUUAGGUUUAUUGCGGCUUCCUCCCACAUGCCAAAAACAUGCAUGUUAGGCAAUGUGACUGUUGAUAAACAUUUAUGCAACGCCUUAUCCAGUACGUACAAUCUUCCCUUGUCACGUUGUGCUUCAAAUUACAAACAAUGAAAAAUUCCUAUUUUGUGAACCCGUUCUCAAACAAUUGCAAGUAAAAAAAAAAAAAACUAUUCUGAUUAUUCUGAUUCUGAUUGUGAUUCUGAAAUAUUCCGGCUUCACCAAAACGUUGACUUUUUCCUUUAAGAAAAAAAAAACAGAUUCCCUAACAAUUCUGGCCUAAAUUAAAGGGGAACUGCACUUUUUGUGGUGAAAUUUGCCUAUCAUUCACAAUCAUUAUGUAACACAGGAACACGUUUUUUUUUUUAAUGCAUUCUAAAUAGUAAAUAAAUGCGAUCAAAAUAUUGCUUACACGGGAGCCUGUGGGAGCCGUUCUAUUCUGCCUAUAAAGCCCUAAAAAAAAUUCCAAACACCUCCAUUAGGGUUGUAUAUACAUUAUGUAAGUAAUGUAGUAAAAGGCACUUAAUAUUUAUUUUUACGUAUUUUGAUCAUUUUAAGCAUACGCGGCACAUACAUUUCAAAAACGCAUCGCAACGUUCGCUUUUUUAUCCAACUACAUCACUGAUUAAAAAUCACUGCAGACUUAAUGAGAGCCUACAAACAUAAUAAAACAUUUCUUACUGUACAAAGCCUGCUGUCAUUGGGAUUGUCGACUAACAGAAUCUUGUUAUAUUCCCGUUCCGAUGAAUAUAUUUAUUUUUAAUUAUUCAUAAUCCUCGCGAAAAAAAACAGGGUGUGGAACCAAGCAUUCAUUUCAGGGUUUAAAUUGGCUGUCAAAGUGUAACAACAUGUCAGAUUUUUUUCUCAUCCCUCUAGUAUCCAGGUGAGAGGUAUGAUUUAUAAUCUACAAUAAACUUACCUGAGCUGGGUAGCUAGCGACAAUUCAUAGGGAAAAAGGCUGUAGGUCAUUCAAGUUCAAAGCCCCAUCUGAUUGGAAUAAUCUCUUUUGUUCUUAAAAAGUCCAAUACUUCUUAUUUUAUCUGUAAAUCUAAUACAUUUUCCAACCUGCAAACAAGUUGUUCUUUCUGAUUAGAAGUUGUUUAUGUUGCUCCUGAUAUUGUAUUGUAAUUGAUUACAAUGGUUUAUGUUAUGCAAGUGUUUGUGAGCAGGUGUGAUGGUAAAUUCUGUAAAAAUCG